CUAGGCGAUAUUUUUUCCACCUAGAUAAUGAAUGAUAUUUCCUAAUUUGUAUAAUUUUUUACUUUUUAAUAUCAAAGAAAUUUUCAAGAAAAGUCCUUAUUGUUCUAUAAGUGAAAAAGUUUCAUAUGAUAAAAAAAUAAAGAAUGCAAUUUUGCCUUAUCAAUUAUGUCAUGUAAUGCGGGUGAUGCGGAUGAUUUUGACGCGCGUUUUGAUUAUAUAAUAAACUUUUUUCUUUUUCAUUUAGUGGAGGUGAUUUAAUAGAAAUUUACUUUUUUUAUUCAAGUAUAAAAAAUA